AUGGCUGCACUGUGUGGAGAACCACUGGGCUCAGCAACGGCUGCCUGUCUGUUGGCAACUCUGCACUGCUGUGUCUGUGAUCGUUGUCCCAGUGUGAACACUCCAAUACAAGCUAAUGCAUGUCCGGCGGUGACCGCAGCGAACACGGUGUCGGUGUCCGUCACAUGUGGCGAGGCUGCCGAAAAACCGCCCACGUCGCAACCUACAGUGCUACCGGUGACCUAUGCCGCUGCUCUGGCUUCUCCUACCACUUUGCAACGUCGCCCGGUCACCACAAACGACGCCACCAACGAGCCCGACCAGACACUGACGGAGAGCGCCUCGGACGACCCGCCGCCUCGGCCGGCCAUUGACGCCGCUCCGAAGAUGCCGACGCAACCAGACGCUGACCCUGAUCUCGGAAACACGAUGGAGAUCGACUCGCUCAUCGUUCCUACAGCGGCCUUUCUGCCAGAACGACGUGACUCCCUUCCGUCGUCGGACACGGAGGGUCGCACAAGGAAACAACGUUCCCCGAAACGUCGCAAGCGAAGACGUCGCACCGUUUCCGGCCAAGAGGAGACGUCACAAGUCGAGGAGGACGUACCCGUCGACCAGCACGAAGCCUCAGAACCCGCUACUGCUGACGAAGACGUCAUGAGCGCGGAGACAUCUAUCGGUGUGCCUACGCCCCGUGCUGACGCUGAACUAAAUCAUGAACGUCUCACAGGCGACACGACACCACGCACAAUUACAACAUCUUCUGAAGACAAAAUGGACGAUACACCAGUUUCCGCUUCCACGGCGUGGCACGAGGAGGAGGUCACGGAGCAGGAGCCGUUACGGGACCCUGCGCCGUCACGGCCGCACCACUAA